GUGAGCACGUGAACGCAACACGGUCACAUAAGUAAAAGCUGUCAGCACAGAACUUAGUGACAGUGAAACUAAAACGUUAAUUUGUAUCAUUAUUUAUCAUGAAAUGGGGGUGGCGUAAACUUUCUGCAGCAAAAUUUAUUAGUGUAUUUCGAACAAACCAAAGUUUAGUAUACGGCACAGAACACACGACGUCAAGUUUCAGGAAUCUCGCUGAGCACAAAGAAAGACCUAAAAUAUCAGUGUCAUAUGGACAGCAGGAAACUUGGAGAAGCCAAUGAGGAAUGAAUCUCUUAAUUAGCACUAAGACCUCUACCAUUGUGGCCUUAAAAAAUCAGCACAAUGUUAUUUUGCCUGUGACUGGAUUCAGAACAUGGAAUCAGACUUUUCUCCUUCUGCUCAGUUAGCCACUGAAAUGUCCAAGAACCAGAGUUCUGCCUCUGACCUGGUUGAUGAGGUCUUUCCAGUAGUUGCAUUCAGUGGGGGGGCAGUAGAGACUCUGCACAGAGCUGAAGUGGAGGAUCUGGACUCAUUUAUCCUAAUUGAGCCUCCCCCAUUAGACUGGAAGUCUGACUCCUCCAGCGAGGUGGACUCUGGUGAGUUGAAUGACCCCAGCAUCCCUCCCAGUGAUGACCCUUUGGAAAAGGACAGCCAUGGUGAGCCAGCAAUUUCAUUUGCUGUAAACCAACAGAAACGGGUGGAAAAUAAUUCAGAACCUGUCCAGGAUACACAGGUGGAAGAGGAGGAGCCACAUGUGGAUGUUGAGGAAGGAAGAGCUGGGAAAGAGCAGGAAGUGGUGAUGUUUAAGAAAACAAACAAACAGCCUACUGAAGAAGAGGUUGUUAAGAAGAGAUCAAGAGAUGAAGACCGCACACACAUCCACACCCUGCUUGGCCAGCUCCAGCUGAUGCAGGAAAAGCCUCUUGUCACUUACCAGAUGCCACCACACCAUGCUGAGCAUCAGUACUCCAGUAUGUUUGAGGCAGAACCGCCUUCUUUAACAACAGACGACAGCACUGAAACCACAGGGCUGCUGUUCUCUGAAAGCCACCAGAGACACCUGCUGGGAAUGCUGCAGUGCACAGAAAUUAGCACACCAUCUGAUUCCACCUGCCUCCUCCAGAGAGGGGUUGUGGAUGCUGUAGGUUCAGUUUCCUACAGUCAGGCAGAUGCCCACAUGUUCUGGGGCCAUGAUAGGAAUGGUCAACAGCAGCGGCAUAAGGACAACUUAUUACCCUCCCUGCCCGAGGAGCAACCCUUGUGGGUGAAAAUGGAGAAAGAGGCUCCAGAGGAAGAAGCUGCAGCUGACAAUGAGCAGAGUGCUGAUCACCCUUCCUAUAAAGAUGUUCCUGGACCAUGUGACCCUGAAGACCUGUUAGAUGGAGUGAUAUUUGGUGCCAAGUACCUGGGCUCCACGCAGAUCAAAUCAGAGAAGAAUCCAUCAACAAAUGCUCGUAUGGCCCAAGCUCAGGAGGCUGUGGAUCGCAUUAAGGCUCCAGAUGGUGAGUCCCAGCCGAUGACUGAGGUGGAUCUGUUCAUCUCCACGCAGAGGAUCAAAGUGCUCACUGCUGACACUCAGGAAGCCAUGAUGGAUCAUUCACUCCAGAUGAUAUCUUACAUUGCUGACAUUGGUGACAUCGUGGUCCUGAUGGCAAGAAGGAAACAAAGUCAUAAAGGACAGGAAGGAGAGCCAUCAAACAGUCCCUCAUCCUCUGGGUCUCAGAAGAAGCUGUUGAUGAUAUGUCAUGUCUUCUCCUCUGAGGAUGCCCAGAUUAUAGCUCAGGCUAUUGGUCAGGCAUUUGCAGUGGCCUACCAGCAGUUCCUGCAGGUAAACGGCAUCAAGCCCAGCGAUUUGAAGCCUGGUGACUACAGUGACUACCUGGAAAACCAGGAACUCUACAAUGCAGACCUGGCUCACUUCUCAGACUCUCAGAAUAUUCGAGAUGUAAUCAUCACCAAGGCUUCUGGAGAGAUUUUAGGCCUGGCGGUGGUGGAGUCUGGUUGGGGCUCUAUCUUGCCCACCGUUGUUGUAGCAAAUCUCCUUCAUGGAGGCCCCGCUGAGCGCUGUGGUGAACUUAGCAUCGGUGACCGCAUCAUGUCAGUUAAUGGCACCAGCCUUGUGGGUCUGCCCAUCUCUACCUGCCAAAAUAUAAUCCGGGACUUGAAAAACCAAAAGUAUGUGAAGCUCAGCAUUGUCCACUGUCCUCCAGUCACCAUAGCAAUAAUCAAGAGACCAGAUCCCAAGUUUCAGCUUGGCUUCAGUGUGGAAGAUGGCAUUAUCUGCAGUCUGAUGCGGGGGGGUAUAGCAGAGAGAGGGGGAAUUCGCGUCGGGCACCGUAUCAUUGAAAUCAAUGGGCAGAGCGUGGUUGCAACGCCACAUGAGAAGAUUGUCCAAAUCCUGACCAACGCCAUCGGAGAGAUUCACUUGAAGACCAUGCCAGCCUCCACAUAUCGGCUUCUCACUGGACAAGAGCAGCCGGUGUUUCUUUAACUCUCCUUUUUCAUCUAGCACAAACCUACUGCACAGUAUUGAAGCUGCAU